UAUAAACCCUCCCUGUGUUUGACUAAGUUUUCACUUCACUUGCCCAAACAGUGCGUCACCAACGUCCAAACACGGGGCGAGGCGUCACGUACGCGGGGCCGAGCAGACGUGCGCGUUCUCACACGUAUCGGCGCAAAAAUUUAAAAAAAGUGAAGCGAGUCUGUGCGGCGAAAAAAUAUAUAAAAUAACAAAGAGGGUUAUUUAUUUAUAAUUAUUAUACAUAUAUAUAUAAAUAUCCAGAUAGGAGAUUCCCCGCAGUCGAGUAAGACAGAAACAAUAAGCGCUGCAAUGAGCAUGGCGUGGACGCCCCAGUCCGGGCCUCGCUCGCACGUCGUAGCCGAUCUCGUCUCGGAGACUCGGUUCGUCUCCCCGUCCACCCAGCGGCGGCACGUCCAGCAGACCAGCACCCCGCUGCUUGCCGGCUUCCCUGGCAACGAUGACGAGCUGGAGCGAAGACAGCGCCGCCGGUCAAGGGUCGCUGACCUGCACCUCAGCAGCCUGGACACAUCGCUGGCAGAUUCCCCGGCACAGCGAAGUGUGACAGGGACUCCCGCGUCUGUGCCUAAGCUAUCCAACGCCCAGAUUUCUGAACAUUAUUCCACCUGCAUCAAACUGUCAACGGAAAACAAAAUCACCACCAGGAACGCGUUCGGGCUGCACCUGAUCGACUACAUGUCGGACAUCCUGAGAGAGAAGGACUCGGAGCUCACCAACUUCAAGGUAGCUGCAGGGACCCUGGAUGCCAGUGCAAAGAUCUAUGCAGUGCGGGUCGAUGCGGUCCACGCAGAUACAUACAGAGUGCUGGGAGGACUGGGAAAGGACUCCAAACCCGGGCCAGAGGGGGAGCAAGAGGUCCAGGAGGAGGAGGAAGGCGGGGAGUCCGAGGGGGGGGCGAAGAAACCAAAACGAAAAAAAGCCACCAACAAGAAGACCGUGGAGCAGAACCUGAACAACAUCAACAGCGCGGAGUCCGAGAGGAAGUGUGAGGUGGACCCCAUGUUUCAGAAGAUGGCGUCCUCGUUUGACGAGUCCAGCACUGCCGGGGUGUUCCUGCCGGUGCUGCGCGCUUUUGAUUGCUACAGCGAGCUGCUCUUCCACUCCGACGUCACGCUCCUGCGCUCCGGACCGGCCCGGGAGCUGCCCCCCGCCUCCCGCGUCUCCGUGGCUCGUCUCCGAGCAUCCCUGCAGCAAGCCCAGGAGAAAUCCUCAAUCUGCCCCUCCCUGGAGGAUUUCUCCUUCAUUCAGUGGAGCAGCGAGUCUCACGACCAGAACGUGUCAGAGAUGCUGGAGAAGUACAAGCGCAGCGAUCACGCGUUUGACGUCAACGCGGAGCCGGAGAGCGAGCCAUGGGACUGCGGGCCCAGGGGAGACGAGGACUUCGACGGCGACGCCUGCGAGGAGGGGAAGGAGGGAGACGCGAUCCGGGACGUGGAGCGGCGCGAGGGCUGCACGGCCAGCGAGCGCAACCGAGAUGUUAUCUCAAUCGGAGAGGGAGAUAUCGGGACCAUGUGCCUGCAGCUGUCCUCCAAACCCGGGGAGUACUCCUACUUCAGCCCCAGGACCAUGUCGAUGUGGGCAGGCCCCGGCCACUGGCGCUUCAAACCGCGACACAAGCAGGAUGAGGUCCCAGAGAAGGAAAGGAAGACCAGGAAAGCCAAGAAAGUCUUCGAGCUGAACUUCGACAAAGACGUGAACUUCGAGGUCUACUUCCGGGUCACCAGGGCAGCAACAACCUUCGCCAAGUCCGCCCUGGACAAGCCGAACAAGAAGACGACUCUGCCAGCAGACUUCCACUACGAACCAGACCGGCUCCUGAGACUGAGCCUGAAGCCAGCCAGCACGCUCUCAAAAUUGUCGACAAAGCGUCUCUCUGGGGAGCAUGACGAAGGGAUCGGGGAGUACGACUAUAACAACCCCAACGACACGUCCAACUUCUGCCCAGGGGUGCAGAUGGGAGACAGUGAUGGUGAGGACGACCACAGUGGCUUCACGGGUCCGGACGGCAUGUUUGAGAUGACUGGUCACCCCGGCACCGGAGAGAACGGGCUGCCGGGCAGCGCCAGCGGGGCGGACAUCACCUCGUACGGGGAGGACAACCUGGUGGCAGAGCCACAAAAGGUGAAUAAAAUCGAGCUGAAUUACGCAAAGACAGCGAAGAAGAUGGACAUGAGGAGGCUGAAGAGGAGCAUGUGGUGUCUGCUGACGGACCGGGAGGACAAGGCUGUGGAGGAGGAGGAGCAGAGAGAGGUGACGGGAGAGAAGACUUUCUGUAACUCCACCAGGGGGCUGCUGCACAGGCUGCCCUCUACGAUGGCACAGAACCUGUCUGUAGCUCUGGCCUUCUCCGCUCUCCUGCAUCUAGCCAACGAGAAGAAUCUGGAUUUGCAGAAAAUGGAAGAUUUGUCCGACAUUCUCAUAAAACAAGGCCACUGAUUUUUUAUAUAUAUAUAUAUCAACUGUUUUUAGGUUGCAUUUUUUUCAAUUGUU